AUGCCGUCUCUUCUGUGGGGUCUGAGAGCGGGAAGAGGGUUGGGGAAUCUGGCUGGGUGGGUCGAGCCACACCCCAGGGGGCACCCACCCGAAGUGAACACACCUAACUGUCCAUUGCGUCAUAAGGGAGAGAGAAAAAUUCCGGUGCCUUUUCAGAAUAAAUCCCAUUUCAUUGAUACGCUCGCUUUGCCUGAUCGUUCGCUUGAUCGACUUCUGCACUUGGAAGGAUACGAAGCUCAAGCCUUGGGAGUUCCGAUUUGA